AUCAAUAUAAAGGGCUCAAGAAUCACUAAAGAAGAAGAAAAGCCAUCGAAGUUCUGAAAGAAAAAUAGGGAAAUGUCUACCAUACGAGCCUUUAGAUGUGAAGACAUGUUCCAUUUUAACAACGUAAAUCUUGACCCACUAACAGAAAAUUCAUGGGUAAAGCAGAAGGCGACAGCUCUAAAGACCAAUGGCAUGGUCAUGUGACUGCACUCAGUGUUGAACCAGAAUCAAGAAGACUAGGGAUAGCAGCAAAAUUGAUGUCAAGCCUGGAAAACAUAUCUGAAAAGAAAGAAGCCUUCUUUGUGGAUCUUUUUGUUCGAGUGUCUAACCAUGUAGCAGUAGAUAUGUACAAAAAGUUAGGUUACAUUGUAUACCGUACCGUACUGGACUACUACUCAGGGGACCCAGAUGAGAAUGCUUAUGAUAUGAGGAAAGCUCUUUCAAGAGACAGAGACAAAAAGUCAGUGAUACCGCUAAAGGACCCUGUUAGACCAGAAGACAUUGAAUGAUAACCAUCAUAAUAGACAUUGUGAUAAAUAUUUUGUUUAUGAAUAAAAAAAUAAAUAUUAAUAAA